AUGUCAAACAGUGUCAUUUUAUCGUACUUGGAUGAACAUAUUCGGGUGGGGAUUCCCGGAGCUGAAACCAUCCUUGGUUUUAUGGUUAGGCCAACAAAGAAUGGGCAGAAUUCUCCAAUCAUGCGCAGCGAUUCGCCAGAGAUACGCGAAGGAAAACGCCGUUAUUUCCGAAAUUACUCAAUACAUCAACCAGUGCCUCUUCCUCCAAAGAUGGAGGAUCUGUUUGCCUCCUCCUCUCCCUCACCCAGCAAAUCAUCUAGCCGUCAAGGUCCCCUCAUUCUGCCUUAUCGCGAGUUGGGUCGAUUAGAUACUCCUCUUGGUGUUACAAACAUCAGCAAUGAAUCAGCUGAAGCUUCUCGCUCUACAGCGGGGAGCAGUGGAUAUGACAGCGGUGCACCCACGAAUACAACAACCAAUGGUCACAAUGCUGCGUUGAAUCAACUCUCUGGAGUGGGUGAAAGAUCACUCACAGAGUCAUUUAUGGCUCGACAAUCACAGCGCCUUGAUACUAGCCAUUCUGUGAAUUUUAGUGGCACUCUACAGAGUAAAUUUAUGACCCCUGGAACCCCAACUGCUGCAGAAAGUGAGCACUCAACGUCUGAGGACUCACAAUAUCAGAAUCACGCUAGCAUAAAAUUGAACUCUCCCAACGGCCUCCUUCCAAUCCCACGCAUUUCUGCUCUCAACGAACAAAAUCUCAGUGUAAGUCUACAUGCGUUUUGA